GCUGAACCUGUUGAGCGAUAAUCGGCCACUGACAGUGCUGCAGUAUGACCGUGUGAUCCGUUACCUGCAGGAUAAGCGUGAGAUGCAGCUCCAACUUGAGCUUGGUGAUGCCAAGGACUUGCCCCCUGUUAAGUCUGUCACAGAUCCAGCCACUAAGCAGCAGGUUGACCUUCAGCAUCGUAUUCUUAAUAUUUUGAACAACACAUCAGGUACAAGUGGACCGGCUGUUCCUAACAUUCCUACAGCUGUUCCUGCUCCCGUAGCACCGGUUCCAGCUCCCGUCGCACCUGUCACUGGCGGUUGGGGUCUCGGUUCCCAAGGCAGUGCCGCGGGUGCAGGACCUACGCCAUUGCUCAAUGAUCCCACAGUACAAAAAGCACUGGACAGCCUCAUCCAGGGCGACCUGCUUCGUAAGAUCUCGACAUCCACCCCCGCAACAACUACUGCCUCUUCCCUUGGUACACCACCCGCACAACCAUUGUUUGGGGCAUUUGCUGGUGGUGCAGGACGUAGGUUCUAGAAUUUGAGAUUGUGAACUUUAGAGCUGAAUUAUGAACAGGUAAUUUCAGUGUGGAGUGCAAUGCGGUAACAAAUGAAAAGGGUGUCUGUUACAUGUGUUUAUAGGAAAAUACUGGCAUUGCUAUUUCCGGAAUAAUAUUUCGGUAUAUAUACAAUUCAGCGAGCAACUGAAGGAAAGAGCAAAUUAUACUUUUGACAUGUAUCGUAUUACUUUGCACACACAGUGUUUGCUAGUGGUGCAGAUUGUCGAUUCUAGAAUAGAGGUUGUAAAGUUCAAAGUCAAAUUAUGGACAGAGAAUUUAACGGAGAAAGUGCAAUGCAAUGAUGCGUGAAGAAAAAGUUGUUUGUUGGCUAUAUUAGCAUUGCUGUUUCCAGUGUAAAAUCUAGGCAUGUUGCUAUUGAGCAAAGUGAUUCAAGUAAAGACAAAAUUACACUUUUGACUUGAUUUAAAUUGCUUUACACACCCUGCAUGAUAAAAUUGUGUGAGGCUGUGAAAAUGUUGUGUAGUUUGGCUCAUUCAGUGUUUUACAGGAUUAUUACAACGAAUUGAAAACACCUUCAAAAAUUUGUUUUUGCCAGAGAUGUGGAAAAUGGCAUUAUCACCAAAUACAGUGUGUGAUAACAUCACCUUAUUCCACCCGGUUUAGAUUCACAACAAAAUGUGCGCCUUGCUUCGUUAACAUCUUCAGUAUUUGCUUGAAUCACAUGGAGUAUGUGGGGUUUCAUGGCUAAUCAUUUCCAUAAAAUCUUGUAGACUGUAGGUUGUGACUUGCCUCAUUCCCACAUAGCCCCUUAUGUUGAUUUCCUUGGGCUAUGUACAUAUGCGGUGUGCUCCUGCUCGACUGUUUCUUCAUUUACCCUGCCUUGCCAGGACCCUUUCCUCUGUCCAGACAUCCACUUUCUGAAAACUUUAUUGCAUCCAUAAAUCUAAUUUCUUCAUUGUGGAUCUUUUAGGGAGGUGUUCCUAAAUAAGUAUUGCUUACUUGGUCUCCACAAAUCGCAUAACUCACGUUGCCGUUUAGUCUGGUAGAAGUUUACCAACAUUUCAUAGGUCCUUGCUGCCUCCAUCAUCAGGGUGAGCUAAGGUGGUGAUGGAGGCAACAAGGAUCUUUGAAAUGUUGGUAAACUUCUACCAGACUACAGUGCAACAACCCAGAAGACAGCCAUCUUCAGACUUACCGCUGUGAAAACCUCACAUCCUUCUUAUAGUGUCUUGCAAAGAAUAUCUUUGCUUGUGUCUGUACAGGAAUGUCCAUUUCUGCCUGCAGAUAAUUGCAGUUAUCUGUAGUGUGAUGUCUUGUGUUUAGCUCGAAUAGUGAAUGGAAUGUAUUGAAGUUACCCUUCUGCAGAGAAGCAUCUACUAGUGAUGUGGCAAACCAGUUUAAUGCAAAACAACUUUCCACCCUGGUUACCAGAUGUAACUUCUUGUUGACGUAUUUUUAUCAACUGCCACCUGGGUCUUUCAGUCACACCAGUAACAUGAAGUACUGUACCCAAAAUAAAUUCUUAUAUUCCUGGCCUAGUUUAUGUGCUUUAUCCAUUGAGAGGAUAAUUCCAUAUUUCCAAACCUCUUUUGACUAAAGGCCUCCAGCUGGGAGUAGUCUUAAACUGCAGUUACCCUGUGCAAGGCAUCUUAGACCUUUUUUUUUGUAAAGCAAAA